UAACUCCACAAGAAGCCAAGCUUGUUUGCCGAUGGUUAACUGAAUUGAGAAUGCCCGAUGGUUAUGCCUCUAACUUGGCAAGAUGUGCUAACGCCAGCACUGGCAAGGUGACUGGAAUGAAAAGUCAUGAUUGAGAAGUGUGUAUGGCACACACUUGAUGAGGAGCUGGUUGAGAUAAAUUUUAGGAAAAGGGCAUCGGCACGACUUUCAGAUAUGCUUAGGCGUGCCAGACGUGGAUAUGAAGAAAGAGGGAUCAGACCUCUAUGGAUGGGCGAAAACGUGUUUAAAGAAAUGCUUGUUUAUUGGAAAACAGACGAGUUUAAGAAAAAAUCUGAAAAAGCAAAGCAGCGUAGAGCAUCAGAAAAUGGAUCCGCUAAUCAUAGAGCCGGAAGCAUUAGUAUUGCUGAUCAUGCUGAACGGAUGGCUGUGGCUAAGAGAAGAGCUCCAUUAAUGCAAGAGCUUCACGAGAGGACUUAUCGAGGAAGAGAUGGAGAGUAUUGCGACGACCGUGCUAGAGAUACUCAAGCGGAGUACCAAAGGUUGAAGAAGGAGUUUUUAGCUAAACACCCUGAGUUAGGCGGUCCACAUGGACGAUAUCCUCUUGAUCCAGCUAUUGAUCAGUAUUUGUGGUUGAGAGCAAGUAAGGGAAAGAAGAGAAAUGGAAAAAUUUAUGCUACUGGACCUUUAGCUAGCAACUACAAAAAAAGGGGAUAGGUAUUCUUUAUUUAGGAGAAUUGCUGACGGGGAAGGAUCUUCACGUCCUCCGACAUUAACCCCUGAAAUAACUGAAACAAUUAAACAACUAGCUCAGAGUGAAGCAGCACGUGAAAAUAAAACAUUGAGAAAAAAACAAAUGGAGUUGGAGGAAGCAUUGAGACUUUCACAAGAGCAAAUGAUGCUUACACAACAACAAAUUCAACAACAAGUGCAACAACAAAUACAACAACAAAUGCAACAACAAAUGCAACAAAUGCAACAAUUCUUUCGACAAAAAUAUGGUGGUGGUGGAUUUGGAGCGGUUGGUAACCAGGGAGUAGUAGACGAGAAUGAUGAAGAAAACGAAAAUAAUGCGGACGACCCAGAUCCUAAGUGAAUAUUAUUUUGAAUUUAAAUAUUUUGGAUUAAUCAUGUUUCUUUAUAUUAAAUAUGUAUUUCUUUAUAUUAAUUAUAAACUUUUUAAUAUUAAGUAUGAAUUUAAAUAUUUAGAAUUAACUAUAAAUUUAGUAUUUUUAAAAAAAAUUGAAUUUUAAUUAUUUAUUAUAUUUAUAUUAUUCUAAAUAUUUAGAAUAAUAUAAUUUUUUUUUACUAUAUACGUUACAAUUUGCAGCAUGCAAUAAACAAGGAAAUGUUAAAAUAUUUGCCAGGUGAAAUACACCCUGCAAAUAUUAAAUAUUCAAAUAUUGCUAGGUGACUAUCACCCCGCAAGUUGUCUAACAUACAACUGGAUCAUUUGUGUCACACUGAACGAAGUUGUAAGUACAUAUUAGAUAGCGUGUUUGCGGGGUGCAAUACACCUAGCAAAGUUGCGGGGUGAAAAACACAAUGCAGAAUCACCUAUUUCACCUGCUCUGACUCAACUGAC